AUGGCCAGCUCCAUUGCCAAGCGCGUGUGGACCACGGCCUGCGAUGUGGAGCGCCACACAUCCUCGCUGCUGCUCGCAAUGCUGACAAGCGUCAUGAUGGCCAUCAAGGUCCAAGAGCACAUUAUAUGGCACUCGGGCGAGAUGGACACGACAUGGCUGUGGCUCUCGCUGCCGCUCUGCGCCUUUUACGUGCGCCACUACCGGUACCGCUGCGCGCAUGAAACGACGAGCUGCUUGGAGGUCGCGAAACAAGGCGACACGGCGUUCGCAGCCUACUUUUGCUUCUUCCUCUUCCAUCUUUUGCUCACGCUUCGCGUCGGCGGCGCAGUGAGUUGGUCUUUCUGCAGCAUGGUGCUGCUGCCGUGCUACGGCUGGACACUCUACCUCCUCGUGACGAUGCAGUGGCAAGCCAUCCUCGGCGUGCAAGCCAUUGCCCUUGGCCUCCACGCCGACGCCAUCCUGCCCUGGUCGUGGCCACUCGUGUUUCUUCCGACGUGGGCCUUCCUCGUAGCGAUCGCCGUCUUCCUCCCGCGCGCGCUCGAGGACGAAGAAAAGGACUUUCGAGCUAUUUUGCGCGUCACGUGCAGCGUCAUUUGCCUCUUCCUCCCCGUGCUUCCGCUCGUCAUGUGGCUUUCUACGGCCACCGACGACGGGGCGUUUAGCCUCUACGCCAUCUUCCUCCCAUGGCUCUUGCCCAUCGGCAACUACCUCGUCUACUCGCUGCGGACACUGCCCUCGACGCCGCAGUCGGCCCGCGAAACGACACGGCUUCUUAUCCAUGUCUAG